AUGAUCACGGGUUCAUCAGUAGGAUCAAUGACCAUCCAGUAUUCAACCGUCUGUCGAAAUACUGAGCAAUUUGGUCAAGUUAUCUAUUUUAGGGUAGUUACAACACAUCUACGGGUAGUUACAACAUGUCUACAGAAUAAGCAUGAACAUACGCCACAAUCCAACAUUCAAACUGUUCUGGCAAACAACACGUUAUCUGUUUCCAACGCGAGGGAAAGCUUUAGCAACAACCAACUGGCGCAGAUUACGCAGAUUGUUUUGCAGUCGAUCUUGUCGUUCUUGGAAAGACAACACGCCACAACAACCGCGACUUGUGUAUAUGAACAGACAACUAACCAGUCAACACCAUUUGAAAGGCAAGAACAGCUUGGUCAAUUCCCAGUUUUAAGUUCCAGCAGCAGCAGCCGACUUCAUCCCAUGGACCUGUUGCCUCAAUCCAGCAAGCAGCUGGGGCAUUCAAGCCAGAGAUUCCAAACAAAUAUGUUUGUGACAUCGAAAGUGCUGAGCUUUUUGAGCUUGUUGGUUCCCAUUAUUCCAAUGUGGGUUUCACAAUUUCCUCUACGGGAAUCUCAUUAA